AUGACUCGCUUUGGUUUCCUCUCCUUGGCCCUGCUCUCCUUUCAAGCCUUUAUCGGCACCGGCUUUGCCGACGAUGCCGAACAGGUUGGAGCAGAGGCACCUGUCCUUGCCGUUUCUGCGCAGGCUACCUUCCCAGCUUCGGAGAUCUUUGGCAUUAAGCUUGUCAAUGGUCACCCGACUCAGGCGCUGAUUGCCGUCGCCAACGAUGAGCCGAACCCUGUUACUGUCAAUUUUGUUGGCGGUGCUCUUCGUUACCCCGAAGACCAGGCUCAGAUUGCCCGCAACCUGACUGCCACCCGUUACGGUGUCGAGAUCCCCGCCGGGGCCAAGGAGACGAUCAGCUACAGCUUCGCCACCGAGAUGCAUCCCCAGGAUCUUCAGCUCACCUUGUCUGCCAUCCUCUCUGACAGCGAAGGUCGAUUCUUCACUGUCACUGCUCACAAUGGCACUGUCAGCGUUGUCGAGGCUGAUACCAGCAUCUUCGAUCCUCAGAUUAUCUUCCUCUACGUCUUCCUUCUUGCCUGUGUUGUCGGCACCGGUUACUUCUUCUACUCUGUUUGGAUCGCGCCCUACUUCCCCCAGAAGCGCAAGCCCACCGGAAAGACCGGUGAGAAGCGCACUCAGGCCUCGAAGCGCGCGGAGACCCAGGUCACCGAAGAGAGCGCCCCCGGCGCUGCCGUGUCCUCCUCCACCACUUACAACGCCGAUUGGAUCCCCUCCCACCACAUCGCCCGUCCCGAAGCUCGGAAGGUCAAGGGCCGCUCCAAGGCCCGUGCGUGA